AUGAAAGUCUCCUCAACAAAGUCUUCACAUAGCCUUGUUGCCCAGCCUGUGAUGAAUACAGUUCUUAAGCAAGAUCUACCGGUAGUUGCGAAACUUGCUACUCUCAACUUGACCUACAGACCAGUCAAGGGUGGUGAGCGAAUGGCGAUGUUGAAUCACGAUUUUCGCCAAGUUUCCCAGACGCAAAUAGAGUCGGAGCAUUGUAGCAUGGACAAUGCUGACCGACAUGUUGUGCUGCCGUCGAGUCCAUGUCGUCGCCAAAACUGUAGCUACAUUUGGCUCCGGCGACAGGGCCGAUGGGCAUGUUGGUUCGGUACAGUGUUUAUUCCCAGCCAAUCAGGAUUGACCGGUGAAAUGGCCAUGUUCCUGCUUGCCUGUUCAUCCGGCACAGUCCGGUUCCAUAUCGGUUGA